AUGAGUUCAAGUCAAGUCGUCGGUCCAGGUCUCUCUGGACUCGCCUCAUGGGCGCUUCAUUUCAGCCCGACCGCCUGGUUCAAGUCGUGGCUCUUGUAUUUGGGAAUCCAGACUCAUGUGCGAGGAACCACAGAGCCCGAAAUGAAGCCGUUGCACAACAUUUGCGAGUACCUUCAUGCUCUUCACAUCUAUACCGAUGAAGCUCGACAAGGCGUUGUGAGGACAGUUUCGGCGCAUCACUUUUGCUCGCAUGUGAGCAAAGAUCUUCGACAGUGUCUCAUCUACGACUCGUGCAAACCUGGAGCCAGACUCAUCGGGGUGGAGUUCAUGAUCCCCAAAGCUCGUUAUGAGGCUCUAGACCCUGAAGAACAGAAGUACUGGCACUCGCACGAGUUCGAGGUCAAAUCCGGCAUGCUUGUUCUCCCCUAUCCCGAGUCUCAUAAGCGCCAAAAGGACAAGUGGGACGAUCUGGAAACCAAAGCCAUGGAGGAGGUCGCAACUCUCUACGGCAAAUUGUACCACUUCUGGCAGGUCGACAGAGGCGACGAACUGCCACUAGGCCCACCGACACUGAUGGGCUCUUUGACAGAGGCCAAGCAGCUUGACGUGGACGAGGCGAUGAAGGAGAGGAACGACGCGUUGAGCAUCGACCAGCCAGGGAAGCGCAAACUGAGAGAGCACAUUGUUCCCCCAGGCAUCUCUGAGAAUGCAGACAGCUGGUGGAAGGAGGCCCAGCAGAAGAAGGCCGGGAUCUAUGCUUCCUGA